ACAUUAUAUAAUGAGUGUCACUUUCUGGCGGCACCAGUAGCUCAGUUGUGUACAGAGCUGGCAACAGACUCGAAACAUGAAGUCCUGUUUGGUUUUCGUCGUCAUGACUGCUUUGGCCAGAGUGAAUGAAGGCCAGACUUGUGGCAUGGGCCUGAUAGAGCAGUGUGCUGUCCAGCAUAUGAGUGCACAUCGCCAGGGUGUUCCAUGGGAUCGGUUGCCACAGUUCUGCAGUGACGCUGGUCAGGCCCUGGAUUGUAUGGAUGAAGUCGUUGCCACCUGUCCGGAAGAUGAAAGGAUCGGAUCAGUUGUAUCUAUCUAUGAUGACGGAGUUUCCGAUAUAUGUGAGGAGAUAGAUUCUGAGGAAGAAGACACAAAGAGAGGGACUGGUUGUUCUUCCAGAAGGAGGGGGCUCAUUCGGAGAUGCGCUCGCAGACUCCGCCGUCUUUCCUCCUCCCUCAGUAACCUUCGUUGCAGGAGAGUAGGAAGAACAGUGCGAUGUCUCCGAAAAAACAUAGCACGUUGCCCAGGUUCAGCCGACAGAGCCAUCACGAACAUGAUGACAAAUCUUUCGGAGAUGUGUGAAGAACCAUCAUUCACCAGAGCACCCCCAACCACCCUGGCACCAGUCACGACUACGCAAGCACAAGGCAUCUGCCCGGACGACUUCAUGAUGUCAAUACAAACAAGUGUUGGGGACAUAAGCGCCCAGAUGCAGGCUCUGUCAUCGGGAGCCGCGGAUCGCACACAGGCGUGCAGUUCUCUGACAAACAGCUUGGACCGUGUCUCCAACUUAACCGAAGACUGUCGGGAUAACCCUCAAUUUGCCAGCAUGGCCCACUUGUUCAAUGUGGACCAAAUCAGAACCCAGGCAAGCUUCAUAUGUCCGAGCAAUGGCGGAGGAGACGGAUGUCCGUCGAACUUCCAACAGCAGAUAAUGGAUUGCGUAACACCGAUGAAUAGUGGUGUAAACAUCGAAGACACAUCCGUCAGGUGCAGUAUGGCCCGGAGAACGUUCAGUUGUGUAGACGACCUGAUGGCCACUUGUGGCAGCAGACUAGGGCCUCUGUUACGUGAGAUGCAAUUUGACCAGGCAAGACAAGCCCUGAUGUCCAUAUGUCAAGCAUAGAACAACAGUUGUUCCUGGUAAUCUACAGUGAUGCAAUGCAUAUUCAUGAUGCCAUGCAGCAGCAAUCAUUCAAUUUAGUUUCUUUGUCCGUGUGCAUACCCGCUUUUCAAAUGAUUAAAUAGAGAUGGUCACUGAA